CGAACAGAGCAAACUGAGAUCUGCUGCGUUUUAACGGAAAACAGACCCAGAAUCUGCCGCUGAAUCAACCCGAGAGGAGGCAGGAGAGGGGGAAGAGCAGGAGGACAAGAGGAAGAGCUGCCGAGGAGAACCAGAAACAGGAGAAGGAGGAGGAGGACGACUGAGAGGAAAAAAUCGGGACACAGUGGAAAAUGCUGCGGAUCUGACUGAAAGAUGUCCAACGUUACCAUGGAAGCGACCACCAUCCUCCCCGUCCUCAAGAAGAAACUGGCCUUCCUGUCAGGGGGCAAAGACCGGCGCAGUGGUCUGAUCCUGACCAUCCCUCUCAGUUCAGAUCAGACCAGCAUGGAGGAGCUCAGCGACACUCUGGACUACCUGCUUAGCAUCCCCAGUGAAAAGUGUAAAGCUCGAGGUUUCACUGUCAUCGUGGACGGACGGAAGUCUCAGUGGAACAUCGUGAAGACUGUGGUGCUCAUGUUGCAGAACGUGAUCCCAGCUGAGGUGUCGCUGGUCUGCGUGGUGAAGCCAGAUGAAUUCUGGGAUAAGAAGGUCACACACUUCUGCUUCUGGAAGGAGAAAGACCGCCUGGGCUUCGAGGUGAUCCUGGUCUCGGCCAAUAAACUGACUCGCUACAUCGAACCCUGUCAACUGACGGACGAUUUUGGAGGAAGUCUAGACUACGACCACAGCGACUGGCUCAACAAGAGACUGGUUUUCGAGAAGUUCACAAAGGAGUCGACGUCGCUGCUGGAUGAGUUGUCGAUUAUCAACGAGGGUGACAAGAGCAGCUCAGUUGACAAGGACAAAUCAGCUGACUGCGCCCUCUUGCCAUCCUUUGAUCCUGAGACCGUCCUUCAGACCGGUCAUGAGCUGCUGUCGGAGCUGCAGCAGCGUCGGUUCAACGGCUCGGAGGGAGGAGGAGGAGGACAGGGAGGUCCAGCCUGGUGCCCGAUGGAGGAGGAGCUGCUGGCUCAGCCUCAGGUGAUGAAGCUGCUCGACUCGCUCAGGGAGCAGUACACCAGAUACCAGGAGCUCUGCAGGCAGCGAAACAAACGCACCCAGCUGGACGAGAUCCACGCCAAGGUCAUGCAGGUGGUCACCUGGUUACAGGGUCCUGGUUCAGAGCUGCUGAAGACCCAGCAGGCGAUCGGAGACUCGAUGCGAGCGGCUCAGGCUCUGCAGCAGAAACAUGAGGAGAUCGAGAGCCAGCACAGUGAGUGGUUCGCCGUGUACGUGGAGUUGAACCAGCAGAUCGCCGCCUUGCUCAGUGCCGGGGAGGAGGAGGAAGUGGUGGAGCUGAAGGCGCUGCAGCAGCAGCUGAGUGACGUUUGCUACCGACAGGCGGCUCAUCUGGAGAGCCGACAGAACGUCCUGCAGGCGGCGCAGGGCUUCCAUGGCACCACGCAGGAGUUGUCCCAGCAGCUGGACGGUCUACUGGGCAUGCUCUGUGCAGACGUGGCUCCAGCUGAUGGAGCAUCGAUUCAGCAAAACCUCAAACUGCUGGAGGAGAAGCUGCAGACUGUCGAAGCGGGUCUUUCCUCACUGCGUCAGAAGGGGGCGCUGGUGCUGGAGCAGAUGUGCAGCCAGCCCUCCUGGUCCCUGGAGGAAACCGAGAGUUCACCAGGAGAGCAGCAGGACAACGUUCAGCAGAUUCAGUCUGUGAUGGAGGAGAUGCAGCUCCGCAAGCAGAGAUGUGAGGACAUGGUGGACGUGAGGAGACUCAAGAUGCUACAGAUGGUCCAACUGUUCAAAUGUGAAGAAGACGCUUUGCAGGCGGUCGAGUGGCUCGGAGAGCUGUUGGACGCCCUGUUGAAGACUCAUGUCCGACUGGGCGAUGACUGUCAGGAGACCAGGACCAUGUUGGACAAACACCGGAAGUUUGUGGAUGUCGCUCAGAGCACCUACGAUUAUGGCCGUCAGCUGCUGCAGGCGACCGUCGUCCUCUGUCAGUCUCUGCGCUGCACAACUCGCUCAUCUGGAGACACGCUGCCGAGGCUCAACCGAGUCUGGAAGCAGUUCAGCGUCAGUGCUGAGGAGAGACAGCAAAGACUGGAGCUGGCUCUAAACUUCCACACUGCUGCUGAGAGGGUGUUACAGCUGGAAUGUGUGGAGGCAGAGUCUUUGGAUGAAGUCGACUCUUCAGGGAAAACUCUGCUGGACAGACUGACGACACCUAUUAUCUUCCCUGACGGGAGCGAGCAGUACUUCGGGAGUCCCAGUGACACGGCAGCAGCAGCGGAGGGCGUCAGAGAGCGCCUCCUGCUGGUGGAGGAGCGGCGGCUGCAAUUGCAGGAGGCGAGACUUCAUAAUGACGAUGAGGAGGAAGAGGAGGAGGUGGAGCAAGUGCUGAAUGGGCAGGAAGCGAGACUAGAUGUAAUCGGAGAAGAACUGAGCGAGAAAGAGGAGCAAGACGAGGAGGAGGAGGCAGAGGAGGAGGCAGGGCAGCAGGAUGAAGACUUAGAGAGGGCAACACAGGACUGCUAAUGGCCGCUGAUGACGUGAAACCGAGCAGCCUUAAUGAAGCACGCUAACGAUGGGCUGCUGAAUAACUUCCACCGAGACCUCUGAUGUGUCCUCCUCGAGCCAGGAACACCAUCUUUCGGUUGCCUAUGUUGGUAUUUCUUUUUAUUAAGACUACGUUGCCUAUCAGCCUCACUGCGUAACCUUUUCCUGCACGAGGUUGAACAGGUUGGAAGUGAUUUUUUAUUUUUGCCACAUCUCAGCAGAAACUGUGAAAGCUGGAAGAUCAGCGGCCGUCAGUGGUCCAAACGUAACAAAUGUAAAAUACUGGAAUUAUUAUUUACUGGAAUAAUUAAUAUUCAUGUCUCUGGAUGCUCUAUCGGUGAUAAUCGACUGUAAAAUAAUCAGUUUUGGAUGCCCCUAAUGUAAACCUAACACCACCUCCUCCUCCUCCUCCUCCUUCUCCAUGUUCGCCUUAGUGGGCAGAGCUUCCAUGGUGCUUUCUCCAACUUCUACUUGAUCUUGUUCCUGCAUCAACAUUCCUGUACGUUUCCCCCUGUAGACACUGUCAGGUGACUGUCUGAUGGAGCUUUUCAACACUGCGGUGGAAGUACAGCUUGAUUCACCUACAUAAACAAGCUAGAGAAAAAAUAUUCUACUUUAUGACAAAAACUUUUCUAUAGAUGCUGUAGAUGAGUCAACUACAAGUUCCUAUGAGCAUCGGGAAACAACAACAACAACAAAAAACAGCCAAUCAGCUGAAAGCAAAACAUUUAUUUGUGAAAUUGCUUUUAAAGUUGAACUGAAAUCUAAAUUCUCAUUAUUUUCUGUGAGAUAUUUGCCUUACUCCUGUCCCCAUGUUAGUGAUAUGUGUCUUUUGGGGUAAUAAAUAAUGCAAGAAUAAAGCCCAUCACACCUUCAACAAUAUGACAAACAGGAUUAUCAUCUCUGCCUUCUCCUAUCAAAGGUUGGGGGGAAGGGGUGUCUAAUAGCAGCUGUACACUAAGAUAGCUUAGCAAUAGAUAAAUGAGGCUCUAAAUUAAUUCCACGCAUGCUUUAUUUGCCUUAACCUUAUUUCUAUGGAUGCCUAAAAGAAAAACCAUGACCAGACUGUAAAGAAUGGACAUAGUCUAUCUUUAAAGUGAAACCAAUGCCAAAGUGCCAUAAAUCUGCAUUCUCUCUAACAGCCAGCAGAGGGCGACUCCUCUCGUUACAAGAAGUCAGACUGCAUAGAAAUCAAUGAGAAAAUAAGCCGACUUCUCACUUGAUUUCGUACCUCAGUAAAAAUUCUCCAAAUUAGUUUAUGGCUGCAAUUGCUAGUGUACUGACUUUUUGAAUACAGCACGGUGUUCAUUUUGUGGAUUAUGUUUUCAUUUAGAGUGAGAUAGACAAUAAUGCUGGGUAUGUUUUAGGGCAAAGGCACCUUGUGAUUGACAAGUUACAAUUACAGACACCUCCUCGCUCGUCAGGUUUCAAAAGACCAACAUGUCCAAGAACAAAUUCAAGGUUUCACAAUGGUAGUCCACAAAUCAGCACGGUUGCUACGUGCAUCUUUUAUAUACAGACAAUGAAUGACCUGCAAGAGCGUGCUUUACUAUCACUAGCAGUGUGUAAUAAAGUAGCUAAAUAUGCUGCUGUACAUUAUCAGAAGCCACUUUUUCAGGUCGCGCUCCCAUCCCUUGGUAAUAUAAGGCAGAGAUAUGAUCACAUUCAGAGUGCAACAGAGUGUGUUCCCCAAACCUUAAAUAAAAAGUGUUCGCUGACUCUUUAAGACAGAUUAUAACACCCAUAAUUCAAGCAUUCAUAUACCAUGAGGGUAGGAAUAAGGCACAUAAUAAUACAAAAUUAAACUAAAAUUACUGCCUUCGGGUUGUGUGCCUUCGCAAACAAAUCAAGAUGCAGUUUACAUCUACAGGCCGUUUUCAACUGCAGGAACUUGAUUGUUUUAUUUUCUAAGUGCAUGUAGAACUAAAAAGACAUCCCACAACUGUUGUCCGUCGUUUUGCCACGCUCCGAUAUUACUAUCGUGGUCAGAGCUUGAAAGAGGCGAUUACAGGGUUGUUCCUGGAAACAUCUGCGCCACCUCACACCUGUCUCAAGUUCCUGCAAUGGAAAGCCACCAGUUCUUCACACAAGGCCACAGCUAGCUUCAUGUUGAAAGUUCAUCCUCGAGUCCAAGUGAAUGUUUGUGCCAAAUUUUAAAAAAUUCCCUCAAAUGUGAGGAUAGAUCUGUUUUUUGGAUAUAUUUCUAGGACCUGCAUCUAAAAGUCAAGCCUCUUGUUGGGUAUUUCCCAUAGAGACACACUAGGUUUCACUACUAACUAGAGAUCGUCAGUGCAUAUGUGACAACUGUGCAUACAGAUUACAUCUUCAAAGGUCUAGAUAGUAUUAGCAACUAUAGCAGCUGACAUAUUGGUAAGGUGCUGUUGGGUUUAUCUAGAAUGAAAGUUGAGGCUGUUAAAAGGGAUCUAAAUCAUCAAUAAAGAUCAAAUGAAAGUUAAAGUAAUAUAGCAAACUUUUGUAGUGCUUAUACAGUGUAGACAUUACCAGUUGAUGCCAAAAUUCAUGCUCACUAGAGAAAACUAAUAGAGCAGGAAAAUGCUUCAAAAUAUUGAUUCCUGCUCAGGACUAGCUUCUUGCCUUUUGUCUUGUCUCACCUGUAUCUCUCUCACUGUGGUUCGACCAAGAGAUAAAAAAAAAAAAAAAAAACUUUUUUGGACUGAGAUAUGUGGAUGUACUUCUGAAAAUGUCUGACACCAUGCUGCAGAUGUCUUCCAGUUCCUAAAAACCUUCACGAUUGUGGAGUGCUUCAUAACCGUCUUUCUUGCUGCCCUCCUCAAUAAGGGGAGAGUCAAAAAAUGUAAUACUAGAUUAAACUAAGAUUGUGAAUUAUUAAAUCAUGGACAUUAUUUUUUUGGACACCUCCGGAGCACCGUGUUUUGGCAAGUAUGGAUUUGACUAAUAAAGUCGGAAGUGGAAACACAGACCAAGGAUUUGUAAGCAUGAACAACUUUUAGUUUCAGUUUGACUUUAAGCCCGCUGAGUGGACAUUCCUAAUGGCAGAUCUCUUGUUGUCAACGUCAAUGUCACAUGAAUGCAUCCAUGAUGCUAACACCUUUCAAGAACUCAAAAGGCUCUACUCACAUUCCCGCUCUUAAGAAACCCUCCAUCAUGACGGACCGACCAGCGUGUCCCAACUUUGCAGACAUUUGAAUAGGACAGAUUCCUUUUCUAUUUAUUAGACCUUUUUUCAUGCAAACCCUUCUGUAAUUGGUAUUUUUGGCCAAUAACUGCUGCUGUAAGUGUAACCGCGAAAUGAUAUGUCUUGCUUUCUGCCCUCGCCAUCCAAUGAAACAUACCGUGACAUCAAUAAGACAUGAUUCUCUAAAUAAAGAAGCUUUGAAGUUGC